UAUUGAUGAUGAUCCAGUUCAGAUGAUAAUUAUCGUGGAUUGUAUGGGUAUUGCAAUGAAUGAUCUGAAAGAGGUGAUCUCUAGAGCUCAUCAGAUUGAUAAACUCAUUUCGGGAAACAGCAUCCAAGAGAUAAAGCACCUUUUGAAUGAGUUUGAGUGUCUUCCCAUCACCUCUGAAAUUUUGCAGGAGACUGACCUUGUUAGAGCUGUAUACAGAGUUCUAAAGACUUGUCCUGAUGCAGAUACCAGGAGGAAGGCACGGACUCUAUUGUCUGUCUGGAAGAAGCUUUACAGGAACAGCAGUUUCCAGGGAAAAUGUCAAGACAACAGGCUCUGUGCUUCUAGUGAAGAAAAGAGUGAGAAGCCAAAUAAAACCAAUGAAGGGAUAGUAAAGCCUGGAAAAGAGGUAGAUAGAACAGAUUCUACCUGUGGAAUCCAUGAGCAGCAAUUAGGAAAUGUUCAGGUAACCAUGGCAACUGAGAUCAUCCACAAUCUCCCCACAGAUGAGAUGCUUGAAGAAGCACACAAUGAAAAACCACUUUCAACAGGCAUUGGAUCAAGAGGAAUUAGCCAAGAUGUAGCUGCUAAAAAGCAGCAUGUGUUCGAUACCCAAGCUGUACGGGCCAAAUGCAUGGAACUUCUCUUCCAAGCCCUAAUUGGUUCAGACACAGCCGAUGAAACAAUGGUUGAAACAUGGAAAAGUAUUGCCAAAGAAGUUGAGCAAUUUAUAUACACCUUACACAUGAAAAAUGAUAAAAGGUACAAAGCUUGUGUUCGAAGCAAGAUUGCAAAUUUAAAGAACCCUAAAAAUCCCCAUUUAAGACAGAAGAUAUUAUCAGGGGAAGUAACUCCGCAGCUGUUUGCAGAGAUGUCAGUGAUGGAUAUGGCAAGUGAGGAGCUGAAACAGCAAAGAGCACUGUACACCAUCUCUGGGCUUCAGGACCAUCAGCUACCUCAUGGUCUGGAAGGAACAAAGACAAAUCAAAUCAGAUGUAAACGGUGUGAAAGAUUUAACUGUACAGUGACAGCAAUUGCCAGAGGCACACUUUUUAUUCCAGGUUGGGUUUGUAAUGGAAAUUCCGAUGAACAGAUGAUGACUUUUGUCAUUUGCAAUGAAUGUGGAGAAAAAUGGUAUAAUACUGGCUGGAUUUCUGUUUAAAUGUGACAAAAGAUCAUAUGAGGAAUAGACUUAUUUAUUUGCUAUCUAACAACUAGUGGCUAUCUAUGUCUCUCAAUAGCUAUGCACAAGGUACUGAAUAAAAUAAAAUAUUUUAACCAAUAACCAAUAAAAGCUCUUAAAAAUU